AGGAGGAGCCGAGCGCCGGCCCGAUCGAUGGGCUCGCGAGAAAUGUCUCGCGGAGGGUGAGGCGGCCAUUUUAGAUGGGGAGCGGAACGAACGGCGCUGAGUGAGGAGCGAGGCCGGGGGAGCCGCGGAGCCUGCGUGAGGGAGGUCUGGCGGGACAGGUGAGCAAUGGGCACCUAGAAGCACCUGGAAUGCUACCCUGAUAAAGUAUGGUAUGCUGUUCUGUAUUUAUCUGUACUGAAAUGAUCUACUUGGAGCUGUACUAGUACUGCACAGAACUGGGGACUGUUAUGCCAAGUAUCUAGUGCUGUACAGCCUUGGAAUGGCAUCCAUAAAUGAAAGGAGUUCGUCAGAGGCUCUGAGGCCUCAGAACCAAUUGAAGUUGGAUUGUCAAGCUGGGGAUGUGUUCCAGGCCUGUAAGAGGCAGUUGGAGAUUGUCUUAAGCAUGUAAAGAAGAGAAGGAAACUGAGUGGGCCCUUGAACAUUUUACUUGCCUGGGGCUCUACAGAAACUGAGGCCAGCUGUGAUUUUGCUGUUCCUUAGCCUGUAUCAAUGGAGCACAUUCAGGGAGCUUGGAAGACCAUCAGUAAUGGUUUUGGAUUCAAGGAUUCUGUCUUUGAUGGAUCAAACUGUAUUUCACCUACUAUUGUUCAGCAGUUUGGCUAUCAACGCCGAGCUUCUGAUGAUGGCAAGCUCUCGGAUACGUCUAAGACUAGUAAUACCAUUCGGGUUUUCUUGCCUAACAAGCAGCGCACAGUGGUAAAUGUGCGGAAUGGGAUGACCCUACAUGAUUGUCUUAUGAAGGCGCUCAAAGUCAGAGGUCUGCAGCCAGAAUGCUGUGCAGUUUUUCGACUUUUUAAUGAACAAAAAGGCAAAAAAGCACGCUUAGAUUGGAAUACAGAUGCUGCCUCCUUGAUUGGAGAGGAACUGCAAGUAGAUUUCCUUGAUCAUGUUCCACUUACAACACACAACUUUGCUCGGAAGACAUUUCUAAAGCUUGCCUUCUGUGACAUAUGCCAGAAGUUCCUGCUAAAUGGGUUCCGGUGUCAGACGUGUGGCUACAAAUUCCAUGAACACUGCAGCACUAAAGUCCCAACCAUGUGUGUGGACUGGAGCAAUAUCAGGCAACUCUUAUUGUUCCCUAAUUCAAAUAUCAGUGACAGUGGUGUCCCUGCACUACCUCCCUUGACAAUGCGACGGAUGCGUGAGUCUGUCUCCCGGCUGCCUGUUAGUUCCCAGCACAGAUAUUCUACGCCUCAUGCCUUCACAUUCAACACAUCAAAUCCUUCCUCUGAGGGCUCCCUGUCCCAAAGACAGAGAUCUACAUCCACCCCGAACGUCCAUAUGGUCAGCACUACCAUGCCUGUAGACAACAGGAUAAUUGAGGAUGCAAUUCGAAGUCACAGUGAGUCAGCUUCACCAUCAGCUUUGUCUGGAAGUCCCAACAAUAUAAGCCCAACUGGCUGGUCUCAACCGAAAACCCCAGUGCCAGCCCAAAGAGAGAGAGCUCCUGGAUCCAACACACAAGAAAAAAACAAAAUUAGGCCUCGUGGACAGAGAGAUUCAAGUUAUUAUUGGGAAAUAGAAGCAAGUGAAGUUAUGCUCUCAACCAGAAUAGGGUCAGGGUCUUUUGGGACUGUUUACAAAGGCAAAUGGCAUGGAGAUGUAGCAGUGAAGAUAUUAAAGGUUGUAAAUCCAACCCCAGAACAGUUUCAGGCCUUCAGAAAUGAAGUGGCUGUAUUAAGGAAGACCCGGCAUGUUAAUAUUUUGCUGUUCAUGGGCUACAUGACUAAAGAUAAUCUGGCUAUUGUUACGCAGUGGUGUGAAGGGAGCAGUCUGUAUAAGCACCUGCAUGUACAAGAGACCAAGUUCCAAAUGUUUCAGCUCAUUGAUAUUGCCCGACAGACAGCACAAGGAAUGGACUAUUUACAUGCAAAGAAUAUCAUCCACAGAGACAUGAAAUCAAAUAAUAUAUUUCUUCAUGAAGGCCUCACAGUGAAAAUAGGAGAUUUUGGUCUGGCAACAGUAAAAUCCAGAUGGAGUGGAUCUCAGCAGGUAGAACAGCCUUCCGGUUCAAUCCUCUGGAUGGCACCAGAGGUGAUCCGGAUGCAGGAUAAUAACCCAUUUAGUUUUCAGUCAGAUGUCUACUCCUAUGGAAUAGUAUUAUAUGAACUGAUGACAGGAGAACUGCCAUACUCCCAUAUUAACAACCGAGAUCAGCAGUGUCAAUGCACAGCUAGCCACAUCCGAGGGACGUGCUGGCCGCCGCUUCCCACAGCCCCCAUUGGCCUGGAACGGCGAACUGCGGCCAGUGGGAGCUGCGAUCGGCUGAACCUGCAGAAGCUGCAGAUCAUUUUUAUGGUUGGUCGAGGUUAUGCAUCUCCAGACCUCAGUAAACUGUACAAGAACUGUCCCAAAGCUAUGAAGAGGCUUGUAGCAGAUUGUGUGAAGAAAGUUAAGGAGGAAAGACCUCUAUUUCCACAGAUACUGUCUUCCAUUGAAUUGCUGCAGCAUUCUUUACCCAAAAUCAACCGUAGCGCUUCUGAACCUUCUCUGCAUCGUGCAGCCCACACAGAGGACAUAAAUUCAUGCACAUUAACAUCCACAAGACUACCUAUUUUUUAGGAUUGCACGCUCUCUCCCUUGCUCUAACCAAUAAUGAGAAAGAAAAACAGUCAUAGCAGUUGUGCUUUUUAAUGCCUCAAUGUACAGGAUUGCAAUGCCAGCUGGAUUAUCUGUCUCCCAGUUUUAAGAACAAGCUGCUAAGGAUUUCUACAGUUCUAAUCCUACAGGGACAUUUCUCCAUGUUGCCUUUUUCUACCAUUUCUUUUAUUGGGAUAGAGUUAACUGAGACUUUAAUCAAGAAAAUCUAUUACUAUUUUUUUUUAAUAGAUGCACUUGAGCCUUAUUUUCCCAUAGCAGAAAAGAUGGACAUUUCUUUGGCAGUUUUGUGUCUUGAUUCUGUUUAAUAAAUUGGUAUUUUUAUAGCAAGAAUGACUCAGCAUUUGAGGAAAGAAAUAUUGCAGAUUGGUACUGUUUUUUGGAUGUCCCAUGCCACGUGCCACUGUAAAGUUGAGGGACUUUGACUAAAAUGGCCAUCUACAAACAAGACUGAGGAAAGAGAAAGAAACUAAUUCUGGCGAUCAGCUUCUGCGAAGAGUACUCAUGAAGCAGAUGAAAUCUGUUAUAACAAAUUGCUACAUCAACACAAAAAUAGUUUUGCACAUAGAAGAAAAACUUCUGCAGAGGAGUGGAAUAUAUUCUGAAUAGUACUGCUCAGAGAAGGAAUCUAGCACAAUCUUGCUAUGGUCCUCUCCAGUAACUUAAGAAGCUUUUUUGGUACUAUUGACUUUUCUUACAGCCCAAUGAGGUAUCAAGUGCGGAAUGACAGGCUUUUUUGGAUGAGGAAAGGCUAAUAUUUCUGCAAAACACACAGCAACUUCAACUCAUUUGAUGCUGUCUUCCAAGAGAUGCACUAUAAAAGAGGAAACUGAGUGUAUACAGUUUUUCUUGCUGAUUUGGGUUUUAAUUUUGUUUUUAUUGCUCCAAGAAAAUGCCUUUUAUUGUAAACCAAGGUUCCUCUGAUUAUCUUAUUUUAAUAAAAUAAAUUAAAUUUA